AGCGAAAACUGGUUGUUUAUUAUGCAUCUUGACGCCUCUAUUAAUGGUCUGUUGCGUGAAUAUGUCUGCAAGUGCAGUAUCAUGCGAUGGUGGUUGUAUUAAAUUAUGCGGCUUAUAUUGAAUCGAGUAUGAAAUCUGAAGUGAUGCAUUGUUAUGCAAUUUAUGUUUGGAUCAGUGACCUUUGAAUGACGAAUGACUCGUGGAAAUAGGUGUGGCAUCUGAAAUGCCACAUUAUCGCACAGUUUACGCAUGGGCUUAUGACUUGUGAAUGCUGGAUGACUCAUAAAGAAGCAAUCGAGAUGUUGCAACCACGGCAAUAUCUUGCCAUAUGCUUAGAUGCUUGCAAAAUAGCUGUUAUUUAAACAGCCAAUCACAAUUUGCCACGGUAUUUGGCGUUGCCAAUAUUAAGCCGAUUUAAACUCGCCCAGAUGAGCAACUAUAAAAGAAGGCCCAAGAUACUUACUUUCAAGCUACGAAAAAUGUGUGAAUCUGAAUCGUCUUGUACUGCACCUCCCUGUCUUCGUGCUGAACAUCGUGGGCAUGGACAUCAUGGACCAAAGUCAGACUUUGUAGGGCAUCACGGUCAUGAACAUCACGGCCAUGGACAUCACGGGGGUCCACAUCAUGGGCAUCAUGAAGGUCCGCAUCAUGGACACCACGGGGGUCCACAUCAUGAGCAUCACGGAGGUCCACAUCAUGAGCAUCACGGAGGUCCACAUCAUGAGCAUCACGGAGGUCCACAUCAUGGACACCACGGAGGUCCACAUCAUGGACCAAAACCAGACUUUGUAGGGCACCACGGACAUAAACAUCAUGGGCAUCACAAAGGUCCACAUCAUGAUCGCAAACACCAUAAAAUUGGUGCUUCGCUCUCUAAACAAGUUCGUAAUGCCAUCAUUGACUUGAUCAAACAAGCAGAUCAUCUUGACUUUGAUCAUCACGGAAAACAUCAUGGAAAACAUCACGGAAAGCAUCAUGGAAAGCAUCACGAGAAGCAUUUGAGUAGUCAGCAUGAACACCAUGCUCAUCACAAAAAGCAUCAUGAUCUUAAACACCAUGGCCCUAAGCAUCAUGGUCCCAAGCAUCAUGGUCCUAAGCGACAUGCACACAAGGGAAGCUCGUCUGGAUCUUCAGAUUCAGAUUCCUCGAGUUCAAAAUCUUCAAAAUCAUCAAAGUCUUCGAAAUCAGGAUCCUCAAGCUCAAGCUCAGGAUCUUCAAGCGACAGUGACUCUAGCUCGUCUACAUCUUCCGCCAAAAGCCAUCAUUGCAAAUGCUGUGCAAAAAAGUCUCAAGAUGUAAAGGAUGUAAAGGAGACUGUGGUGGACCAGACCGAGCAGAGCAGUGCAGUUUCUGUAUCUGAACUUGAACCUGAACAAAUCAAAUCAGAUGCUCCAAAGUCAGCCGAAGAGACUCCAAGCAAGAUCUGAUCAAAGCAAGCAUUGGAAAUGAUAUUUGAAUCAAAAGCCUGAUAUGAUCAAACAAUUCUCAUUCUGAAAUAAAAAUUACUCUCAAUUUCAUCCAACCAACUGGAAUAACA